ACCGAGAGGCAUCGGAGCGGAGCACUGGAGGAAAGUUACCAGCUAAAAUAAACUAAAACAAAGAAACAAAGAAACUAGCAAAGAAGAAGAAAAGAUGGUGGCCAAACAGAGGAUCCGCAUGGCGAACGAGAAGCACAGCAAGAACAUCACACAGCGGGGGAACGUGACCAAAUCCACGAGGAACCUGGUGGAGGAGAAAGGAGUGGGGCCAUGGCUGCUGGCGCUCUUCAUCUUUGUCGUUUGUGGAUCAGCCAUUUUCCAGAUCAUCCAGAGCAUCAGAAUGGGCAUGUAGAUUGACAUCUUCGGCAAGGGGGCGGGGCCUGAACUGUGAAAACAUGACAUCAUCAGAGAGCUGAGUUCCUGUUGCAGAAUGACACAAACAUUCCUGAACUCUGACAUCAUUCCGAACCCCGCCCUCUCCAAUUUCGCCCCCAGCCUGUUAUUUGUGUUGGCACGGCGUGCCGCCGCUUGCUGACCUUCCCACAGAGCUUCACCCCGUGCCUUCCUCUGUUUACCUGGACUGUCGCUCCGCCCCCUCUGGGUUUACCUUAUCGGCCUGAUGGAGGUGGUGCGGGAAUGAAAGUCCACAUCCAACCUGUCUCCCUGACAGGAAGUGACCUUUUGAAUCAGAAGGUGUAAAGGUGCUGACAGGUGAUGCUGCACCGUGUGCAGCCCUACCUGAACAUUCCUGAUCCACCAAUAAAGUUUCACUCUCAACAUCAA